AUGUCUGACAUAGAAGAGAAUAGAGUAGGGAGCAACUAUCACCCUAUCGUUCUGAGUGAUGAUGACUCCAGCCCUAUCGUUCUAAGUGAUGGUGACUCCAAUCUUAUUAUGAGUGAUGAUGAAAAGGUGAUGAAUUAUGAACAUGACAGUAGAAUUCGUAGUCUAGAGCACAUUUGUCGUGAAGUAAUGAAAACAAGUGCAUAUGGUAGUGAUGAUGAGGCAAUUCGUGAGUAUGACCGUGCUGUGGGUCAAACAAAAAUGGAUAUCUACAAAGCCUUUCUGAGGGUUGAAUCUGAUUCUGAGCCUGAGAUUGAGUUUAAGUUUGAGCCUGAACCUGAGCCCGAGCCCGAGCCUGAGCUAGAGGAAAAUAAUCAUCAACUUCAAGUUAAAACAUUAUGUGAUUCGGGAGCAACUUAUUCUUUUGUUUCGUCAUCUGUUGUUAAGAGUCUGAAUUUGGUAGAUUUUGAGCAAACCAAAACCCCUCCACCCUCCUUCAACCUCACGCACAACACCAGCAACUCCUCUCCUCUCCCUUGUCAGCCGCCGCACCACGCUCACUGCCGGACCACCACCUGCACCGACGACCACCGUCGACCCUCGUGUCAUCGCCGCCACGUUGCCGCCCAGCCUGCGUCGCUGCGCCGCCGCGUUCCUGGCCCACACCGACCAAUCCACCUCCGGUCGCAGCCACCUCGCCUAGCCGCGCCACCCUGUCCGCCGGCCAGCACUCCCCUCUCCCUCUUGAAUUGGCGGAGAAUUCUCUUUAGGCGACUUUUGAAAGUGUUAAAGUGGCCUAUCAGUUUGUUUACACAAGGUACGUACAUACCUGUGUGCUUGGAAUGUGUGCUAAUUGUUGAAACCAUGUUGAAUCUUGUUGUUGAACUUGGUUAUGUUGAUAUUAUUGUUGAACUUGGCGAUGUUGAUAUUAUGGACGAACUUGGUUAUAUUGAAUGUGCAUGUUUAAUACUGUUGGACAAACUUAUUGAACUUAUUUUGCACUAUAAGAACUGUAACAUGUUAGUAUGGAUGUUUGAUACAAACAUGUUGGUUGGGGACACUAGAUUAUUCUAUAUGAUUGGGUUGGAUCAAUUGGUUGUUGUUCCCUUUCUAUCUUUUCACUACUUUAUAAGGGCGGAGGACCUUGUUUAGUAAGUUGAAACUUUAUGCCCAUAUACAGGGUUGCUCAUGGUUAAAGGAAA